GCGGCCGGAGCAUGAGCGGCUGCCGAGUGUGAGGGGCUCGGGAGGGCCGGGACCCGGGUCCCUUCCCCACCGAGGGAGCCGGGAGCGAGCGAUGGUGCGGGCUGGCUGGGGGGACGGAAGCUGCGACGCCACCACUGAGGCGCGGUUAUCUCGCCGCCGCCGCCCCCGUCCCCUCUUCUUGCUGCUGUUGCUGCUGCUCCCGUCCUCGUCGCCGCCGCCCGCGGGCUCCGAGACACUAAGGGGCCCCCUGGAGGCGCCGCUUCCCGCCACCGGGCCCGGCCUGAGCGUCUACAUGAGCCAGGAGGAGGUGCGACGCCUCAUCGGUAUUGAUGCAGAACUUUAUUACGUGAGGAAUGAUCUUAUCAAUCACUAUGCUUUAUCCUUUAAUCUGCUAGUACCAAUAGAGACGAACAGCCUCCAUUUCAGUUGGCAUGCUAAGGCCAAGAUUGAAUAUAGACUGGGAUUUCAGGUUGAUAAUAUGUUGGCUAUGGAGAUGCCGCAAGCAAAUAUUUCUGAACAAGGAGAAGUCCCUCGUACUUUAUCAGUGUUUCGGGUGGAACUCUCUUGCACUGGCAGAUUAGACUCUGAGGUUACGGUACUAAUGCAGCUCAACAUGACUGUAAAUGCUUCCAAAAAUAUCACAGUGUUAAAUUUCAAACGAAGGAAAAUGUGCUAUAAAAAACUUGAACUAGAAGUAAAGCCACCAGUAUUGGACAAAAAUAACAGCAAAGCUAUUUUUGAUCCUGUAAAUGCAGCUCCCACCACUUCUACGCGUGUUUUUUAUAUCAGUGUAGGAGUUUGCUGUGCUGUCAUAUUCCUGGUCGCAAUAAUAUUAGCUGUUUUGCAUCUUCACAGUAUGAAGAGAAUAGAGUUGGAAGACAGCAUUAGUGACAGCAGUAGUUCUCAAGGCUUAUCCCAGCCUUCAACUCAAACAACACAGUACUUGAGGGCUGACACUCCUAACAAUGCAACACCAAUUACUAGCUCCUCAGGUUAUCCUACUUUACGGAUAGAGAAGAAUGACCUUAAAAGUGUAACACUGAUGGAGGCAAAGGCUAAAGUAAAGGACAUAGCAAUAUCUAGAGAGAGGAUAACUCUGAAAGAUGUUCUUCAAGAAGGCACAUUUGGUCGAAUUUUCCAUGGAAUUUUAAUAGAAGAGAAAGAUCCUACUAAAGAAAAGCAAAUGUUUGUCAAAACAGUAAAAGAUCAGGCUUCAGAAGUUCAAGUGACAAUGAUGUUGACAGAAAGCUGUAAACUCAGAGGUCUCCAUCACAGAAAUCUGCUCCCUAUCACUCACGUUUGUAUAGAAGAAGGAGAGAAACCUAUGGUGCUCUUGCCUUACAUGAACUGGGGAAAUCUUAAGCUUUUUUUGCGGCAGUGCAAACUAGUAGAAGCCAAUAAUCCUCAGGCCAUUUCACAACAAGAUCUUGUGCAUAUGGCUAUUCAAAUUGCAUGUGGAAUGAGCUACUUGGCAAGAAGAGAGGUUAUUCACAAGGACCUGGCGGCUAGAAAUUGUGUCAUUGAUGAUGCACUUCAAGUAAAGAUUACCGAUAAUGCUCUGUCCAGAGACCUGUUUCCCAUGGAUUACCAUUGCCUUGGUGACAAUGAAAACAGACCAGUGCGAUGGAUGGCUCUUGAAAGCUUGGUUAACAAUGAAUUUUCUGGUGCUAGUGAUGUGUGGUCUUUUGGAGUAACUUUAUGGGAAUUGAUGACUUUGGGACAAACACCAUAUGUAGAUAUUGACCCCUUUGAGAUGGCUGCCUAUCUAAAGGAUGGAUACAGAAUAGCUCAGCCAAUCAACUGCCCUGAUGAAUUAUUUGCUGUGAUGGCUUGUUGCUGGGCACUGGAUCCUGAGGAAAGACCCAAAUUCCAGCAGCUUGUGCAGUGCCUCACUGAAUUUCAUGCAGCUUUGGGAGCCUAUGUCUGACACUAGGCAUACGUACAGUAUUUGGAAGAAGGCACUCUGUUCCCAUAACAAUGACGUGUUUAUUUAUACACCCUACAAUCUAAAAUGCAUUACCUGGAAUUUACUGGAAUCAGUAAAUUCCACAGAUUUCAGCGGACUUUCCACAUAAUGUGAUUAGGAUCAGGGAACAAGCAUGUGAAAAAGCAAUGCUAGAAGAGGAUCUUUGAAAUCACUGUGCCUUAAAAUAUUCUGGGUUUUGUAUUUGUUUUAUUUUUUCCUAAGGGUAGGCUUUAUUUUACAUAUCACUUAUGUGGAAAUAGAGAAAGAAUUGCUGAAAUGAAGGUAUAAUGGACUGGAACGUGAAUUGAAUGAAUUACGGCACUGCUAAAGAAGAUGUAAACUUAAUUCAGAGGUGUUUGAACAGACACAUAUGGGGGUGUAUUUGUAAAACUCUAAAGUGGAAAAAGUAAUUCUCUUUUCUCCCUACCCACAGCCAAAAAGACUUGUGUGUGUUGCAGCAUCAAAAUAUUUAAAAUUAUUUGACUGGUUUUGGUGUUCAGGUUUGUAGUUUGACUAGCUAUUUUUUUUUAUGGUAUCAGUUGCAUUUCUUUUAAGACGACAGCACAAUAUGGUUGGAACCACAAGUGACCUUUUAGUAUAUUUCAAUUCCAUUCUUCAACAGCAGUUCUUGUGUGGGGGGGAAUUUGCUUUCAAACUGUGUUACCCUCUUCUAAGACAUCACAGAAUUUUGUAUAACUGAUUCCAGUUCAUCUCGGUAAGAGAAAAUGGAACCUCGUAUUAAAUGGUUCAUUACAGGCAGAAUGUUCCAAGUGCUAGAACUUCCGAGACGCGCCAAAGCAUCCCUCAUAUUAAGAUUCUUUCAUCUCAGACUGUAGAAUGCAGCUUUUCUUGAUAAAAAGGUACUGGUUUAUGUGUUUAGGAAUUUUUAUGACGUGAAAAGGAAUAAAAUAUAUAAAUAUAUAAAUAUAUAUAUAUAUUUGUAAAGACA